AUGGCAGCUGAACAAACCCUUAGACAGUGGGCGACUCGUGAUGUCCCACAACAACCACUUUGCAUUAACUACCCUGCCAUGGAGAAUUUUGAACUCAAGUCCGGUCUUAUCCAUUUGCUACCUAACUUCCGAGGUCUUGAGAAUGAAGAUCCUCACAAAUUCCUAAAAGAAUUUCACGUUGUUUGCUCUGGGAUGAAGCCACACAAUGUUACUGAGGAUCAAAUCAAGCUAAGGGCAUUCCCCUUCGCUCUGCAAGAUUUAGCAAAAGAAUGGCUAUAUUACCUACCACCGGGGUCGGUAAACACUUGGAAUGAUCUAGCAAAGAAGUUCUUAGACAAAUAUUUUCCCGAAGUAAAAGCCUCCAUUCUACGAAAGGAAAUCAUUGGGAUUAAGCAAGCUAAAAGGGAAGCUUUACACACUUACUGGGAAAGGUUUAAGAAACUGUGUGCCCGUUGUCCACAACAUGGAAUAUCUGAGCAUCAACUCCUUCAAUACCUUUGUGAAGGGUUGUCACCAUUGGAGAGGCGUUUGAUUAAUGCCUCAAGUGGAGGAGCUUUAAUUGAUAAGACACCAACUCAGAUUAGAACUUUGAUUACCUCCAUAGCUGAAGACACCAAACACUCAGCACAAGAUGAAGAGUGGUACACCGAUGUGCCACGCGCAGUCAAGGAAGUGAGGACUCCUCACAUUGAAACUCAACUCGCUGAGCUGACAAAAGCGGUCAUGCAACUCACCAAGGAUAAGAGUGCUGAGCCACAAGCACGAGCUUGUGGAAUUUGUCUACAAUUUGGACACCCCACUGAUAUGUGUCCCACACUGCAAGAAGAUGUUGAACAAGCACAAGCACUUGGAAGCUACCAGGAGCAAAAUUCAAGGCAAUAUGAACAAUAUCAAGGCAAUCAAAAUUGGGGACCUCCUAACAUGAGUUAUCAGCAAAGAUCCCCACAAUAUCAGCAACGCCCGCCCUUCCAAGGUAAUCAACAACAACAAAACUAUCAGUCUAGACAACAACCACCCGCACAACAACAAGCGGGAAGCUCGGGAAUGUCUUUAGAGGACAUUGUGAAAAGUUUAGCUACUAGCACUCACUCAUUCUAA